AAUAUCCUCACACACCGAAGAGAGCGCCGAUUCCAACUCAAAACAUUCUUAUCUUGGAUUUCCGCACAUACACUUUUCUGGGCGUUACCAUGUAGACCCGAUGACAGCCAACAAUUUGCCAAUCGCCUUUAACACAAGUAUUAAUCACGGACCACGCCUUCAUCCCCAAUUACAGGGGUUUAAUCCUGAGGGCACAGGAAAUUUCAUGUUCUAUGACACCUUUGUGACCAGUGUAUGUUACUCAGAUGGAAGUUGUGUUCAAAAGGGAGAUUCUGUUAUCGGACAGACCCUUGAGGAUUGGUAUUUGCUACCCCCAGCCAAAAUGGUAGACAUUUACACCACGUGCGACUCGUUUCCCACUGUAUACGGAAUGACGCUGAUGUUGUCAAAUGUAUUCCGCGCAAACGUUAUCCCAACGCCGACACAGCAGGGCUGGUUCAAGUGCCCCGAAACGCGGACCGCUUAUACGCGGACUUUCGCAGUGCAUGUUAAAUCGGUCUUAAAUGAUAUUAAGUGGUUAAGUACUUUAGACAAUUCUCGUUUCUUAAGAGAGAUUAAGCAGGAAAGUGCCAUUUCGCUAUCCAUCAAAUAUAACCUUGAUCUGUAUGAUUCGCAGGAGAAUAGCGAAACUUUUUUGUCCGGCCAAUUGACUGGCACGAUAGGUCCGCAUCAUUCAGAGGAUGCAUUGCCUUUUACAAGGUUCACCAGAUUAUUACGAGCAAGAGAUGAAGAAUGUGUCGGGUUGCCAUUUUGUCAUGCACCAUUUGUUUUUGAUCAAAAGCGUAUGACACUCACUUUAGAUUUGGGGAAUAGUAUGAGAAGGAUGGAAAAUGGUGAUUUUAAUGAAACAGAAAUUGGUAGGCUUUUUGUAGGCAAAUUUUUAGACGAUGACAUUUUCACAAAAGGCAAAUGUGAAAUGCUGGUAAAUUCGACAGAAUUUAUAGAAAUAAGAUAUCAGGAACCGAACUGGUACUUAAAAAAUGCAGGGGUGGUUUCUCUAAAUGUGUCAGAUGCUUUCAAGCAGCACAUCAUGCGUACUUCUCUUGCCCUAUAUCAAGUUACCUUAGAACAUAUAAAAACAAAAUGUAAAGUUGUGCUUUUCGAACCUCCACAUGGCAUCAACGUUGGACCCAUGUAUAACAAUUCCUACAUGAAAAGUCCUGAUGAUACAUUGGAGUUCACUAUGUUUGCGAGUCAGUUUGGGGAGCCAGCAGAAGGCGUCGAAUUGAGUUUAGAGUUUGGAAAGAGUGACCAAUGUAAUUAUCAAAUAUGCGGACCUUGCACGAGUGAAUUUAGUUAUCCACAGUCUGCUCUCGAGUUCAGAAACCCAGUAAAAACAGACAUAAAAGGUAUAGCUAGUAUUGAAAUUAAAGUCAAAGACCCGAUUGAAAAUGGAUUGUAUGCUUCAAGUAUCUUGCUUCACGAUGCUCAACUUUUCAUAAUGUUUAUAAACUUUAAAGACAAGAUAGGAAAUUCGGGUACCGCAACUGCGUUUUUGGCAAUAAAAGCUUUUAAAGAUUACAAAAUCCCCUUAGUUCCAACAUGGCAUGAGCAUAUACUUCCUAUAUUCGAGUAUUAUAGUAAAUUAUUUCCAGUCAUGAACCACUUUUUGCAUUUAGUUGACUACGAAAGUGUCAUUCGUAACAGAGAAAAGAUUAAAGCAACGUUAAGUCUCCCCAUGGACCACCCCCAUCACAUGCCCGUAACACGCGACUUGUCACCAAAGAAACGAAAAAUGAUCAUAAAGUGGCUGGAUAACCCUGUGAAAGGCUCCGUUGCAACUAUUCAAGAACUACACCGGUUACUGGAACAAGCGUUGCUUCUUGAAUUUACUACUAUCCCUCCUUAUCUGACGGCAUUGAUGUCCAUCAAAGAAGGUAUGAAUGUUUUUAUCGCCGAAACGUUAAGAUCAGUACUUAUACAGGAAAUGCUACAUAUGGUUUUAGUGGCUAAUAUAUUAAAUGCCGUUGGAGGGACUCCCAAAAUUGCUAACCCCUAUACUGUUCCCACUUAUCCCACCCGUCUCCCUGGUGGAGUGAGGCCAGAAUUAGAACUUUAUCUGCAGGGUUUCUCGAAAGAGUAUGUAGAAUCAGUCUUUAUGGAAAUUGAAAAACCCGCAAAGAUGCUUUCAACGGAAUGCUACGACAAGUCACUCACAUCCCAAUACCGAUCAAGAUAUAGCGUUCAGACACAAACUUGCCCAAAGAACGAGUACGAGUUGUCUACCACGUACUGUUUUUAUAGAAAUAGCACCAACACCAUUUCUUCAUUCUAUGAAAGAAUCAAACUGAUUCUAAAGGGUCUUUCGUCAAAUCCCAAAUUAUUUUCAGGCCAACAUGUAAAACAGGUGUACGGAGAUUUAUGGUAUGGACAGAUAGACACUGUGAGACCGUUCCCUGUGUAUAACUUGACAGAUGCUAUUAAAGCCAUAGAUAUGAUAACGGAACAGGGUGAAGGGAGCGACGCGUGUAUGCCUCUUACUAAUAAGAGUGAUGUAUCACAUUAUUUUCAAUUCGCCCAACUUGUUAAGGGCAGAGAAAUACGAGUUACACG